UGACAUUGUUGACGUUUUUAAAUUGUCAAAUUGUGUAGCUCAAUUGAUGUUUUGUGUUUUGUUAUUUUAAAGACAAUAUUCUUUAAUUUACUCUGGUAUAAUAGUAAUUAUUCAAAAUGCCGAGAGCCGAAGUAGGAACGCCGAAGUACUUGGCAAACAAAAUGAAGGCCAAAGGUCUUCAGAAACUACGCUGGUAUUGCCAGAUGUGUCAGAAACAAUGCCGAGAUGAAAACGGCUUUAAAUGCCACACCAUGAGCGAAUCCCAUCAGAGACAGCUCUUAUUAUUCGCAGACAACUCUAAAAGAUACAUUGAUGACUUCUCUUUCGAUUUUGCAAAAGGUUUUGUUAGCAUAUUAAAACGACAGUUUGGUAGUAAACGAGUUAAUGCCAACCGAGUAUAUCAAGAAUACAUUUCUGAUCGAGAUCAUGUUCACAUGAACGGUACAAGGUGGGUCACUUUAACAGGCUUUGUGAAGUGGCUGGGCAAAACAGGACAGUGUGUUGUCGAUGAAACUGAGAAAGGUUGGUUUAUCACAUAUAUUGAUAGAAGUCCAGAGACAGUAGAAAAGGAAGAGAAAAAGAAAAAGAAAUUAAAAAUGGAUAAGAAUGAUGAGGAAAGGACAUUGGAGUUUAUAGAAAAACAAGCCCAGGCCGCUUUGGAACAAUCAGGUCCUCCUCCAGAGCCAGUUUAUACAGAACUCAUUAAAGAAAAUGAAGAGGAACCACUAAAAUUGGAAAUUAAUCUAAAAAACGAGAAGAAAUUUAUACCAAAUGGUGUCCCUUUGGACAAAGUGUUUAAGAGACCCAGUAGUACCACAAGCAUUACAGCAAAGAAAAUAAAAACAGAACCUAAAACUGAAGUAAAAAAGAAAUCUGCCCUAGACGAAAUCAGAGAAUCAGAAGAAAUUAAGAAAGAGAAAGAAAAUCGGAAAGAUUACUGGCUAACUGAAGGCAUAAUAGUCAAAGUUAUUACAAAAACUCUAGGAGAGGAAUUCUACAAACAAAAAGGAAUAGUGCGCGAAGUUAUAGACAAAUAUGGAGCAAUAAUAAAGUUAUUAGAUACAGGAAAAAAACUGAAACUUGAUCAGAAGCAUCUAGAGACUGUUAUACCAGCCAUAGGAAAAUUAGUUAAAGUUGUUAAUGGGGCGUACAGGGGUGAAAUUGCUUCGUUACUUAAUUUAGAUGAAAGAAACUUUUGUGUUAGUAUUGAAAUUGAGAAGGGUUUGCUAAAGGGACGCAGGGUUGAUGGAGUUCAGUAUGAGGACAUUUGUAAAUUACCUGAAGAUUAAGGGGGAAACGUGUAAAUAAUGACGUUUAGUAAAUAAUUAAUAUUUAAUUUAGAAUAAUGUCAACAAAUGGAUGUGUAAUGUUUAUAUAUAUUCUCAGGGAAUGUUUCCCAUAAAUGUAUGUAUAGCAAUGAUAUAUAAAUGUUAUCAUA